AUGCCUCCCCCAAUGCCAAACCCGUCCAGGCGCAUGACCGCAAACCCAGCACGGCCAGUUGCAAGGUAUCGUCCUGGAAAACCAGUUGCUGAGCAAGAGUCAUCUGACGAAGACGAAGAAGAAGAAGAAGAAGAAGACGAACGACGGCAACAGCAACGGCAACGGCAACCCCAGCGGAAACCUCAAGCAGCGCCUAAGAGGCAGAGCCAUGCCCCUCAGCUGUCCGAAGCAAGCGAGGAUGAAGACGAAGAUGGCUUUGUGACAGAUCCGGAAAACGGUGAGGAGGAGCAGCGGGAACUAGGCACAGCUUCAAUAGCAAAAGCGCAUUCCGGAACACCACAAGGCACAUUGAUACGACAAAGGCUUAAACCACCUGAUACGAAGGAAGGGGACGAGGAUGAGCCAGGAGAAGAAGAGUCUUCCUCGUCAGAAGAAUACUCGUCAGAAGAGGAGGAAUCGUCGUCCGAGGAGGAAGCUCCCAGGCGGAAAUUCCAACGCCCGACCUUCAUCAAGAAAUCAGACCGAAAGCAAUCACAGACACAAGCAUCGCUCACCUCUGCUCCCGAGCCCAGUACCGCAGCAACCUCCGAUCUGGCCGAACCUACACCAUAUCUAUCUACCGAGCUCGACGAACAAGCCCGACGUCUCGCCCAAGCAGAUCUCCUGAUCAAAGACAAGCUGGAACGUGACAUCAUCGCCCGCGCGCAGGGCAAGAAAGCAUGGGACGACGACGACGACCUCCAGCCCGAAAACCUCGUCAACGACACAGAUGGCCUCGACCCAGAAGCCGAGUACGCGGCGUGGAAACUCCGCGAGCUCAAGCGCCUCAAGCGCGACCGCGAAGCGCUGAUUGCGCGAGAGAAGGAGAUCGAAGAGAUCGAGCGGCGAAGGAACCUGACCGCAGAAGAGCGGGACAAGGAAGACCGAGAAUACCUCGAUAAGCAGAAACAGGAGCGCGACGAAGGCCGGUCGGACGCUCAGUACCUGGCGCGGUACCACCACAAGGGCGCCUUCUUCCAAGGCGAUGAGACGGCCGAGUUUUUGAAACGCAGAGACGUUAUGGGGGCGCGCUUCGAGGACCAGGUCUCGGAUAAAUCCGCCCUGCCGGAGUACAUGCGCCUGCGGGACAUGACGAAGCUGGGCAAGAAAGGCCGCACCAGGUAUACGGAUCUGAAGGGCCAAGACACAGGGCACUUUGGUGAGGAUGUCAAGCGGUGGAGGGGGAGUGGUGGUGGGACUGGCGGUGCAGCUGGAGGAGGAGCGGCGGAGUUGGACACGAGGGGCUUGGAUGAACGGUUUCUGCCCGACAAUCAACGCGGAGGCGUGCGCACUGGACCGACCGGUGCGAAUGCAAGUACCGUUGGGCCGAGGGGAGAUCAUGAACGAACCAGAGAUAGGCAUAGGGAGGAGAGCUACGGCAGAGACGGCAGGGACGAUCGGGACCGGUACCGCGAAAGCAGAGAUCGAGAUGGAAAUCGAAAUGAUAACUCUCCUCGCAGAGACCGUCGCCGAUCGUAUUCGGCGUCGCGGUCGUGGUCGCCCCUAGGUAGCAGUCGACGCAAACAUUCACGGUCCGGCUCGCCUGUCGCGCGGAAGAGGCGUCAAGUCGAUGACUUCCGUGACGACGAGCGGGUUAGAGACGGCGCGCGGAGUAGAUACAGAGAUGGCGAUAGGAGUAGGGAACGCGACGAGUAG